AUGGUCCGCUCCAUGGACGUGAUGGUCGGCCUCGUGGAGGAGCCCUACAAGGCGUCCGUCGCGAGGAAACGCCGUUGGACUCGGGCUGGCUCCGAUUUGCGGUUAACCCCAUGCUCAGAUCCGCCCCUCCCUCCCCUCCGUCCAGAUCUUCGACUAUUGCUGCAGGAGCGCAUGCAUAGAAGAAGAAAAGCAGAAAGAUGCAUAGAAGAAGAAAAACCAGGAGCGCAUGCACAGGCUGGUACAGUGGUGGUUGGCAUUCUUCCUAAUGUGGGCUGCAUCUCCUCUCACAACAACGACCAUUUAGAGCUCCUUAGAUGUGGGGAAAUGUUAGUACGAUGUGCAAUGUCAGAAGAUACCCAGAUCCUUAGCCCCGACCCACCCCUGAUUCGUUCCACCACUCCGGACCCGAUCGGAUCUAGCCGCCUCGCCCCUGCCUCAGCCCCGUCCCGAACACGCCAUCCAAAAACCCACGGCCGCCUCUCCUCAUCCUCACCGGCGUCGAGUGAUGGUGGUGCUCGGGCGGCCCAAGAGCGGGCGCGGCGUGGGCGGGGAUCCUCCUCUCCUGUUCCUCGCCGGCGUCGAGUGAUGGUGGUGCUCGAGCGGCCCAAGAAGAGGGCGCGGGGAUCCGCCUCUCCUCAUCCUCGCCGGCGUCGAGCGAUGGAGGUGCUCGGGCGGCCCAAGAACAAGGGCGCAGCGCGGGCGGGGAUCCGCCUCUCCUCUUUGUAUCAAGGAUAUCUUGCUAUAACAAUUCUUCGUGUUGGAGCAGAGGGGAUCCAUAUGAUUGUAGAUGGGAAACAUGUCACUUCCUAUGCAUUUCGAGAGGAUUUGGAGCCUGGGUUUGUUGGUGAAGUAAGGAUUGAAGGAGAUAUUAAAUUGUUGUCUGUGCUAGCAAGUGGCUUGGCUACAACAGAGGACUUUGAGCAUGUCACUGACUUGGAAAUAUUGAAGGCUCCACCUGUCCCUACGGAUAAAUCCAUUGAUAUUUUUAUUGGGAUAUUCUCUAUAGAAAAUAAUUUUAAACGCAGAAUGAUGGUUCGAAGAACCUGGAUGCAGUACGAUGCUGUCUGCUCAGGAAAAGUCGCAGUUCGGUUCUUUGUUGGCCUGCAUAAAAAUGAGGUGGUGAACGAGGAGCUCUGGAACGAAGGACGGACAUAUGGAGACAUCCAAUUGAUGCCAUUUGUUGAUUAUUACAGCUUGAUUCUUUGGAAGACCAUUGCUAUUUGCAUAUAUGGGACAAAUGUGCUUUCAGCCAAGUAUGUUAUGAAAACCGAUGAUGAUGCUUUUGUUCGUGUAGAUGAGAUACUUUUGUCCCUGCGUCAAGUAAAUAUCAGCCAUGGGCUGCUGUAUGGCCGCAUCAAUUCUGAUUCUCAGCCUCAUCGAGAUCCGUACAACAAGUGGUACAUAACUUCAGAGGAAUGGCCUGAAGAGAGCUAUUCCCCAUGGGCACAUGGACUAGGAUACAUUGUAUCUCAGGAUAUAGCAAAAGAAAUUUACAGAAGACACAAAAGAGGGGAGCUAAAGGUGUUCAAGCUGGAGGAUGUGGCGAUGGGAAUAUGGAUCAAUGAGAUGAAGAAGGAAGGCUUCGAUCUCACAUACCAGAACGAUGGAAGGAUCUUGGUGGAAGGCUGUGAGGAUGGGUAUGUGGUUGCCCACUACCAGGAGCCUAGGCAGAUGAUGUGCCUCUGGGACAAAUUCCAGAAAACAAAGUGAGGAACCUGUUGCAACGAGUAAGAGUAAACGAACUUCUGUAUUUUUCUAAUGGCCACCACUUGCUGACACCUACGAGCUCGAGAACAUCCAUGAAAGAGGAGCCAGAGAGCUUCUCGCUGAUGGUUUCUGAUUACAAUUGUCAGGCCACAAUAUUUUUUCUGACAUCGGCCAUU